CGCACUGGGCUCAGCAUUCACUCUAGCAAGCAAGCGGUGUGUACAGCCGGCUCUCUGGGCUCCCUGAGUCCCCGUUUGCUCCAAGCGCACUCCAGCAGUCUGUUUCUGUUCUUGCCCGGCUCGACGGCGACAUGGGUGUCCCCACGGUCCCAGAGGCCAGCAGCCGGUGCUGGGGAACCCUGCUCCUCGCUAUUUUCCUGACUGCAUCCAAAGGUCUAGCAGCAGCCUUCAAGGUCGCCACUCCAUAUUCUCUCUAUGUGUGUCCUGAGGGGCAGAACGCCACCCUCACCUGCAGGAUUCUGGGCCCCGCGUCCAAAGGGCACGAUGUGGCCUUCUACAAGACGUGGUACCUCAGCUCACGAGGCGAGGUUCAGGUGUGCAAAGAACACUGGCCCAUACGCAACCUCACGUCGCAGCAACUUCAUCAGCACCACGGAAGCCACCCGGCAGCCAACGCCAGCCAUGACCAGGCCCACACACAUGGGCUGGAGCUAACUUUUGACCGCCACGGUAACUUCUCUAUUACCCUACACAAUGUGACCUCAAGGGACAGUGGCCUCUACUGCUGUCUGGUGAUAGAAGUCAAACACCAUCACCCAGAACAACGGCUUUAUGGGUACAUGGAGCUGCAGGUACAGACAGGCAAAGACUCGGCGUCGACAUGCACAGCGUACCAAUCUAAUGAGCAGGACAGUGACAGCAUCACGGCUGCGGCCCUGGCCACGGGCGCCUGCAUCGUGGGAAUCCUCUGCCUCCCCCUUAUCCUGCUGCUGGUCUAUAAGCAGAGGCAGGUGGCCACUCACCGCCGUGCUCAGGAGUUGGUGAGGAUGGACAGCAGCAACAUCCAAGGAAUCGAAAACCCAGGCUUUGAGACCACUCCACCCUUCCAGGGGAUGGCUGAGGCCAAGACCAGGCCUCCACUGUCCUAUGUGGCCCAGCGGCAACCUUCUGAGUCAGGGCGGUACCUGCUCUCUGAUCCCAGCACACCCCUGUCGCCUCCAGGCCCUGGGGAUGUCUUUUUCCCAUCUCUAGAUCCAGUCCCUGACUCCCCUAACUCUGAAGUCAUCUAAAACAGCUGGGGGGCCAUGAACUAUGGUCCCUGGGUCAGGGGCAGGUGCCCUUGAUCUAUGGCUGGCCCUUUGACAGACUUUUAGGCACUGAUUCCAGCUUCCUUGCUCCUGCUCUGAGCCUAGACUCUGCUUUUACAAGACGCACGGACCCUCCCCUAUCACUUCCGGAUGCUACUUGGGGGGAGGGGGGAGCGGCAGGGAGAAGAUGCUGGAACGCUCCUCACUGUUCUCAAGAUCUUGGACGGUCUCCCUAGAGACUUGACGUCACCAGCCAUGGAUGUCAAAUGGCCUGCAUCCUACGAACGACCAGCUUGGCGACAGUGCUUCUUCAUAGAAAUCAGCAGCCCGGGUGGGAUGAGGUAGGCACCUUGCCACCCUCCCAGGAGAGAGAGACACAAGAUGUGAGAGACUCCUGCCCACUGUGCGGGUGUGGCUGGUCUGCUUGUUUGCCUGAGGCUCCUCUUCUGUUGGCCUGACUCUGUCCCCUGGAUUCUGAAGCUUGGCCGGCCUAUGUCCCACUAGGGGAGCAGCUCAGCAGCCUUCCACCAGCAACCUGAGGGUCUGUCAGCAGUUUAGUGGCUCUGGGCUCUCACUGCCUGUAUGGCUGUCCACAGGGCUCAGUGGCCAGAGGCUUUGAAACAGGAAGUACACGUUAGGUUCAGGAACCACUGAGCGCUCAUUAGUCUCUUGAGCAAUGCGAGGCCUGAACCAGCGGACAUGGAGGGCUGCGAGGGGGUGAUGGGCAUGGUAAGGGGAGACACACCUCCUUCCUGUCCUUGUCAUCCACCACUCCCACUGUUCAGUGUGAAGCAAUGGCAAAGGUAACCGACCUCCACAAGGUCCUAAUGAUGCUGGGCCACUUCUGAGUGCGAAAGAGAUGCUAUUAAAAACAGUAUGUGGCAA